UUUUUGGUCUGUAGCUCAGGUUUUUAUUUCAGCAAUAAGAAGUUCAUACCUGCAGUUCUUAAAAAAGACCUUUAAUGCUGAGCUGCACUUUAAAACAAACACACAAUCUUGGAUAAUCAAUAAAUUAUAAUCUCAGAUACACAGAUGUUGGUGUGAUCCCUCUGAACGGCUUGUUUUGGUCACUUUUUCAGACCUAGCUUGAACCUGACUUUAGGUUGUCCUUUGAGGAUGAUGCUUCAGGACAUGCCCACCUGGAGCUUUCUCAAACUUCCCCUUAACAGGAAAUUUUGUUUCCCCUCUCUGCUCUUUGCUGAUUCAGUCUGUCUCUGUCUUCAAGGCUUCAGAAAACAGCAAAGAUUCAGAUGUUUUCAUGACAACAGCCACAACGACACACUGUAGGUUAUGAAAAAGUCCAAGUCCAUGCUACCCUCAAGUUCCACCGCAUAUGGCUACAAAAAGUCCGUAUCCGCUGAUUGUAGUUGAUCGUAACCAUUCAAAUUAAUGGGUCAAUUUCCACGGGCUUCUUUCUGUUCUGCUGCGGAUCGCCGGACUCCGCAGCUGAUCGCAAGAGUUCUAUUUUUUUCGGGACACCAGAGCAUGCUGGAUAAAUUCAGGACCAAUUAAUCCGUGCUGGAAAGGAAGUCGGUCACAGACACAAAAUAAAACAUCCGGCUUCUUUUCAAAAUAAAACACUCCGUAUUUUACACCAUGCAAAUGGGCGGGGAUGAAAAAAUGAAAGGUUUUUAGACGUCAUUUCACCCCGAUGACACCAUGGAGAUGCUGAUUCUAGAAGUCUAGAGGUAGAUUUCCUCCUCUGGAGGGACACAAUCUACUGCUUAUAUGGUUAUGGGGCUGUCUUUAUAGAGACAACUUGUUAUUGUGCGAUUGCACGUGAAUCAGCAGGUUCUUGUGAGUUCUUGCGAUUCCCACUGUCCGUAAUCCGCCACAAAAUUCGCCUCACAAACGGAUCCGGUAGGAAUUGGCGGAUGUUCCGGAAUCAGAGCCGUUCUGGAUGCAGUGGAAUUUCAAGGUUAGGGAGAGGAAUCAAAAACUGAUUCCAGACCUGAACAGGUUCCAACUAAGUUCCAGCCAUCCAUAUGAUUUACCUUUGUGCUGGAUGGUUCCCUUCCAUGUAGGUCCAUGUGCUGGGAUAGGCUCCAGCCCACCCCCGCCCCCCAAAAGGGAUAAGCGGUAUAGAAGAUGAAUGACUCAUGAACCGACAUCGGCAUCACAUCCAUUUAUAGAACGUUGAAAUUCUUGAAAACUUCUACACUCCGAGCUCUUCUCCCUGCUCUCCUCUCUCCUCCUGCUCCUCCUGGAGGAUCCACAGGAAUUGAUGAGAGAGUAAGUCAAGAAUUGGAUGUAUAAUCAGGAUCAAAAGUUACUGUUGUUCAUCUGAACAUGGUCCUUUUCAAAUCAGGAAAACAUGAGAAAAAGAGAUUUUAUCAGAGACGGUGGAAACAGAGGUUAAUUUUGGACAGUUUGGCCUUUUGCUCUCUUCCUGUAAAACAUGUCAGAAAUGAUGUUUGUUUACAAUCAAACAGUGAUAAAAAUCCAGUAACUCAGGCUGCAGCUUCAGGCCGAAGCUUUACGUAACAUAAAAUCCUGUAAAGCUCUGCGUGUUUUCAUCCGUUUACCUCCAUUCAUUAUGGAUGAUAAGUUUUUAGACUCACAGCGUCUCCACCGGCUCAGAGAGGACACCGUGACUACCGCCAUCCCCACUCUCCCUUUGUGUCUCUCACCCACUCUCUCUCUCUCUUCUGGCGGCGUGUAGAGAAUUGAAGUGGGAACGAGAGAGGGAAACAUUAACAGUGAGAGGAGGGAGGAGAAAGAGAGAGAGAGAGGUAGACAAAGAGGGAGAGACGGGGUAGAGAGAGAGAGAGAGCGAGAGGGAGGGAAGGGAGGCGGUGGGAGCGUGUAAAGGAGGGCGUCUGACAGAGAUGAGAGUAUUUAUAGGUGGAGAGAUGAGGAGAUAGGACGACACGGAGGAGAGGAAAGGAGAGAGAGAGUGACGAGAAAGAGAGAGAGAGAGGCACAGAUACAGAGAGAGAGGGAGGAAAACCAGACACAAUAAGAGGAAGACAAAGAGGAGGAGAGGGCGAGUGAGGAACCAUGCUGAGGAGGAAGAGAAGUGUUUCGUUUGGAGGCUUCGGCUGGUAAGGGUGUGUGUGCGCGUGUGUGUGUGUGUGGAUAAAUAAAUGGCAGGAUGAUCUCGUCAUUCACACUUUCGGGGUCUCUGAGUUCAUUUCUGGUCCGAGCGGCGCCUGAGUGACAUCACUGUGACAUCACACCCCCCAUAUUUAUGCAAAUGAGAUGGUUGUUGUUUGUUGAUUUUAGGUAGUCAAUCAAGAAGGGAAAUCAGAUUAAAAACACCAUUUAGAGUAAAAUUAGACUUUUCUUGAAUGGGGUUUGGUGAGUAACAUUCCCGCUUUAUAACAGCUGAUCUGCUUCGUUUACAAGAAAACCAGAACAAUGUUUGUCACUUCUCAGUCCGGCAGACGUUCGUUUGUGCAUGCUCGCUGCAGCCUCUCCCUCUCUCUUGUUGUGCUCAGUCUGUCCCUUGGCUUUUCAGACACACACACAGAUACACACUUCUUCCUCUCAUAACAUAACAGAGGCAACUCAGCAAGUGGCACAGUACUUGUCCAACCUUAAUUAUCAUGUUUUGAUGAUCAUUUGGGGGCCUGCAGUAUUUACCCCUCUUCCUGUAACAAUAGUGAGUCCUAAGAGACAGUUACGGGGGCGUGGCGCACAUGCAUUGUCCGAUCAUACUCCAACUACGCUGGUUACAUGGUAGAGAAAAUCGAAUUCCAAUCCCAUUAUUUGGGUGUCUUAAUCCAAGUUCUCCGACUCCAAUCAGAGUUCUCAAACUCCGGUUGUAGUCGGACUAAGCUGCACUUCAGUUGUCCGGUCUUAAUCGGAGUAAGGCAAUAAUUUGGUUUUCUCGAAUGUCAUGUAAACGUACUGACUGUGAGUUUCCUUUUCUCUGAAGUUUAACUCCUUUUUUCUGUAGAUAAACAAAAAUGUUGACGACCCAAUUCCUUCUUUGUACGCCAAUUACGCCAAUUACUGCCACCCUUUGCCUGCGCUCAUUCAUCCACUUUUGAGGUGAAAUCACCCAUUCUUACUGAUGAAAUGAGUGCAGUGAGUGUCCACAGUUGGAUACUCAAAAUCUUGACUGAUUUGAGUAUGUCAUCCGGGUACUUUUGCUGACUCAAUUUUCGCAUACUAUCCAUACUUAUUCCUAUUUUGCGUUGAGUAUACUCAAAAUUUUAAGUAUUUAGUGCUGGAAGUAUGCGAUUUGGGACACACCAUAAACCUGUAAAGUUGUUUUUUUUUUUAGCAAUUGUUCCAAGAUAAAGUAUAUAAAAGUAAACGGUUGCCAUGACAACAGCUCUACUCCACAUACUGAUGUGUCUGACCUAAAUUCAACUGAAUUCGGCGUUUAUAUUUUGGAUGAUAUUUCAGCAGUUUGGUGGUGUAGAGAGCCUGAGACAGGAUCAGAGGUCAGAGGUCACAGAGCUGUUGAUUAUUGAUCAGGCGGUCACUGAUUCUCACGCAGCCUGUGUUUAUAUUCAACUCUUUAGCAUCAACACUCUCAGAUAAAUCUGAGGCCACGCGGGCUCUGAUUGGCUCAGUUGUUUUUUCAUGAGUCAGUGAACAUAACACUGCACCUGUCUGACCCCUGACCUCAGGUGAGGGAUGCAUGAGGCCCCUUCUUCAGAGCUUUGUUUGAAUCUCUGCUCAGAGCUGUUGUGUUGUUUCCAUCCGUGGUAGAAAUGUUGGAGAGUUAAAGAAUCAACACGAGAGAAAAAGCAGAAGACUGAGACUGACAGCCGAGCUCUAACUUCAUUUAGAUCUAGUCUGUGUUUUAGAGAUCAGUGACUCCUGACCCUUCAGACGCCAGAGAGAAUCAUGUGAGUGUGUGUGUGUGCAUACUGAGAGAGUGGAAAAUCUUGCACUCCCCCCUUUUCAAUCAUUCACUUUCUCUUGUUUUAUCUGUUAGCCUCGUUUCUACCUUACAACAUACAUGCAACAGUCCUCCCUUAUUCCCUUUCCUACCACCUCGUCUCCUGUCCUGAUUUACUUCUUGAGGUUGUUACGUCCUAUAGAUUUAAGGUGAGGUUGGCAGGAAUCCGUUAAAGUAGCAUCUUUUUCGGUGGUGUAUAUACAAAAUAGCUAUUAAUCAUUGAUGACAUUUGGGAAUAUCACGAUAUCGCUGUGUUUUGUUAUGUCUGUGUAGUCAACAUUUUACAUUUCUUGAGCGAUCCGCUCUUUCUGACUGUAAACAAAGCCAUUCCCCGCCUCCCCCAUCCUGAUUGGUUGUGAGGUGGACGCUGCUCCCCCGUGGCGUUCAGGAGAAACAAAGUUAAUGUGCUACAAUAUCGGACAGUAGAAACCAACCAGAAAGUUCGGAAAAUUGUCUAACUCCUCCUUUGGCCACGACUGCCAACACAAGCAAGAAAACGUAAAAAGUAAAUACAGGAGACUCUGGAGGAAUAACGGGCGCUUAAAACGGAUGUAGACGGGACAUGAGCUAAAAAAGCCAGGUCAACAUAAAACGAUGGGGGACUUCGGGAUCUUACGGACCCUGUAAUCUUUCUGUUGGACAGGUAAACAGCUUUAACAAAGUAAGCCAAGUGUCUGUAACAGAAGUGUUUCUUGUCAUACGGGACCUGCUGUAGCGUGUUGUAGCGCUGCUAAACUGUUGACCUCGGGUCCUGGACUAUGUCACUUUAUCCUAGUUGUAGAAGUCCUGCAAACAUUGUGUUUGCUGGUAGUCUGUUGGCGUCUAUAGUAGCACUAAUGCUUUUUACUUUCACCUUGAUUGGGCCCCAUUUUUAAUUAUCUGAAGUGUUUAUCUGCAUUAUAUCUGAAUUUAAUUGGAACGAUACGAGCGAGCAGGAGCGUCUGUUUGUGGGUGGGGCUUGCUGGAGCAGAGGGGGAGGGGAGAGGAGGAGCUGAGGGGACAACUGGUUGAGAUGGAUAGAGUUUACAUUCAAGAUUUCUCUCCAAAAUUGGCACCUCCUCAGACCCUGACUACCCCACCUUUAAAACUGAACCCUGCAAAAUGGAAACCAGAUAGAUGCAUGAUCCAGAAUAACCAAAGACUUCUCUUGAGCCCAUGUAAGGUGGACCGAGGGGAAGGGGAAAACUGUCCUUUGGUCUAAUGGAUUAAAAUCUGACGUUUUUUUUGGAAAUCACGGAUUCUGCAUCCUCCUCUCUGUAGAGUAGAGGGACCACCUGGCUCCUGAAAUCCUCUAUCAGGCCAGAAUGGGACAACAUUUGACUUUCAGACUCCAGAACUUGGUCUUCUGGGUUCACUAAGGUCUACAGAGGAUUGGGAAAAGAAGAGCUGAUGACCCACGAAAAGAUGUUUUGGCUUCCUUCUUCCUUUCCUGACAUCCUUCAGUCCCUCAUUCAUUCAACCAAAACGUCUCCUCAACUCUCAGCGGACCUCAACCUUCUUUUCUUCCUUUCCUUGCUCCCUUUUUCCUUUCAUGCCUCCUUAUCACCUUGAACACCUCCUUUCCCACCUCCUUCUUUCCUUCUGUUCCUCCUUGUAUAUCCUCUCUCUUUCCCUCCCUCUAUACCUGCUCAUUUCCUUCCAGUAUGUCCUCUCUUUAAUCUGUUUUUCUUACCCCUCGAGGCUGUUUCUCUCCAUCUGUACCUCCUCCUCCUCCUCUCCCUUCUCUCUCUCUCUUCUCUCUGUCUCUAUUUUCCUCAGUUAUGAUGAAGAAGCAGAUGGUUUGGCGUCACAGUUCAUCUUUCCAUCCUCUCAGUGUUUACAUCAGUCGGCUAAUAGAGUUGCAGUAUUUAAUAAUGCAGCAGCAGCUUCAGGGCGGCUGCGCCAACACUUCAUAUUAAACCUCCACCCCUCCAAUAACCUCCACUUUUCUCCUCCUCCUUAUCUCAUCCCUCCUUCAGCUCACAGUCUAAUUCCUCGAUCUCUUGUUGAAUUAAAGCCGAAAAUGUUUUAUCAGCACUUAAAUGUAAAUCACUUUAACUCUGCUGAUAUUCCUAUUAAUGUUAAUGGAGUUGUUAUAUAUAUUUAAACUGAUGUUUAAUCAGAGACAGUGUUAGUUUCAGUGAAUCAGAGGAUGUUUUUUUAACGACUUUAAUUCUUCGAAAAAGUGUCUGUUAUUUCAGCAAACUGAGAAGCAGUAAACAAGACAAACAACAGAAAAUGCGUUUUUUAGGCCAGAGUUGAGCUUCUCUGCCUCUUACCAUCCCACACUCACUUACAGCGAAACUGAGACUCACAGCCAUAGACUGUUUAUAGAAUGGACGCCGUCUGCCUCCACGCUGGGUGAAGCCUCCGUGAGAACAGCACCCUCUGGUGACGGGCUGCAGUAGAAGUCCUCCAGCAAUCCCUAUGGAGCUGUGGACAAACUUUAUAAAUUAAUGACACAGAAUAUAAUUUUUUCUCCCCCCUGGUUGUGAUGUUGACAUGUAGAUACUAUAAGAAUGGUUUGUGGUCAAGUUCUCUUUUUUCUGUACAGCUCUAUUUUAAAAGUUAUUAGGGGAUUCAUGUUUUCUAUGAUUGACACCUGAUAAAGCCUAUGGGCGUACGAAAAUUGCGUACCCCACCUGGGGAAUACGCAGCUUGAGCCGAGUGUCAUCACAGCAACUCUCCCGCUAAAUGUGCACAACGCUACUGCGCAAUGUUGGUUUCAGGAAAUUGAGAAAAAUUGUGGAAAUACUGAAAGCUUUUCGGCUUCAAAUCAGUAUACUGACAGAAGGUGGAACCAAGUUGUCCGUAGUAUAUACAGUCUAUGCUCGCAGCACAUAGAUAAACGUCAAGUCAUUGUAAAGCCGUUGUAAAGGUAUUGAUAACAGUGAAACUGAGACUUAGCUUGAACAGAUAGGCAGUAGAUAGUGAGCCAUGAAUCAAGUCAAUUGUGCCAAAAAUAUGAAGAACCUUUUUUUCCUCUCUGUUUAAUCAGAACAGACUUAAACAAACUUUUAUCUUGAUUCUAUAUUUUCCAUUUUCUGCACAACCAUCAAAACAAACAGUGUUUGUCCAGAAGUGUAAACAUUAAUUAACCAAUCAGGAGCCAGUAUUGGUGAAGCACCUGUGAUGAACACCUGUCCCUGGUUGUGUUCAGGUUAACGAGUUUAGAGCAGGGUUGAUUCUACUAUCGGCCAUCUUGGUUUGGUCAUGUGGUUUCUGGGAGAAUAUCUUCAGUCUCCUCUGGGCAACACACCCAGGAGUGUGUGUGUGUGUGUGUGUGUGUGUGUGUGUGUGUGGUGUGUGUGUGUGUGUGUGUGUGUGUGUGUGUGUGUGUGAGCAGAUUUAGCAGUAUAAAUGUGUUAUUUAUGACCUGAGGGAGUUGAGUUUUCACAGAGUCAUCGUACAGACGGGCUUUUAGCUUCAUGGUCGCUCUCUCUCUCUUUCUUCCUCUCUCUCUUUUUCCAUCUCCACAUCCCUCCUCCUUCUACCUCUCCUUCUCCUCCUUCUUUCUGUUUCUUCUCCUUCUUCUCUUCUUUUCUGUCCUCCACUGUCUAUUUCUCUUUUCUCCUCUUUUGUUUUGCCACUGUUUCCUUUCCUUUCUUCUUUCCUCAUGUUCUUCCUUUUCUUUACCCACUUUCCUUCUGUCUCAUUUUUACUUAAUUGCUAUAUCCUCCAUCCUCUCUUUCUGUGCUGUCUACUCCCCUCUAUUAUAUCCUCUCCUCCUCACUUCUCUCGUUCUCUAACCUUGCUCCCUUCUCAUUUCUUUUCUCCUCUCUCCUUUUCCUUUCCUUCCUCUCUUCCUCUCUCCCUCAUUUCCUUCCUCACUGUCUUUAUACCUCUUGCCUUGUCUCCUUUUUUUUCAUCCUUUACCCCCCUUUUAACUCAGUAUAGAGUCAUGCAGUUGUUAGAAAACACACUAGCAUACUAACACACACUAACAGGUGUUAGAUACUUUUAUUGUUUAAGAUUUUAACCUUUUAUUUUCUUAUUUUUUUAACUUUUUUUCAAUUAGAUUUAUUAAUUCAAGUCUUGUCUUUGUCUUUAUUUGAAAAAAAUAUAUUUAACUUUUAGAAAAGUUUGUAUCAGAUUUUUAGGUAAGGGUCAGGAUAUAAUGUUAAUUAUAAAAAAAUAAUUUUUAUUCUUUAUUCCAUAUUUUUAAGAUCUAUUCUUUUCCUUCAUCUUUUUUUAAAUUUGGUUUUUAAUUAUAUUUUAGUCAAAAAUUAUUUGAGGUUUAUUUAAUUUAUUUUUUUCCCUUUUUUUAUAUUACAAAUAUUUUAUUAUUUUAUUUUAUUUUUUGUAACAAAUCUUCAUAGUCUGUUUCUUAGGUUUCAAAUAUUAAAAUUUAAUGUUUUACUUGAGGUCUUUUUUAUUAGGUUUAUUUGUUUUUUCUUAAUUAUUUUAAAUCAGAUUUGAAUAUUUUGUUUUAUUUCAGAUUUUUAACAUUUAUUUCAUUUUUGAAAUGUAGAUUUUAAUUUCUGGUAAUUUUGUAUUUAUGUUAGAUUUCUUGAUUUUGUAUUUUAUUUGAGAUGAUGGGAUCUAGCUACUUUUUUUUUCAAAUUUCUUGGUUUAAGAUUUUUAUUCACUUUACUGCAAACACUGUAUGUGUAUGUGUGUAUGAUUGUGUGUAUGUUUGUGUGUGUGAGUGUGUAUGUGUGCGAUGUAAAUGUGUGAUUUACUGCAGCACUUUAAUAAAAAGGGUUUUUAUUGCAGUGAACCUCUGAGAUCACACCCUCCCAUGUCUCUCUCUCUUUCUUUCUCUCUCACACACACACACACACACACACACACACACACACACACACACACACACACACACACACACACACACACACACAUUCACUAUGGUUAAUGAGGUGUUCAGGUGUAAAUCUCUUCCCGCUCCCCUCACUGUGUUUUAAUGUUCUGACGUUAUCAGAGAUCUUUACUGUGACACAUGUUAACUGCAUGUCUCUCUCUCUCUCUCUCUCUGUCUCAGGAUUGAUAAGUCUACAGUCAGCGCUCUCAGAGCUCGGUGAGUAAGAGUUACUCCUCUGAUUCAGACAUUUUACAAACUGAAAAACAGUCCGUUGUUUUCAUGUCUGUUACCACAUUUUAAACUGAUCAGCCAGAUCAGUAGAGUGUCACCUGUAAAUCUAUGAAUCAGGGACUGGGAAAAUUCACAAUGUUGUAGGGUAUUGUACAACCACGAGUGACGUCAACUCAACUUGUGUUCAUAUUUCCCACUUUGUAAAAAUGAGAACAAGUUUUCCAACCACUUUCUAAAUUUGACAAAGCACAUGAAUUUUACAAAAAAAAAACAGACAAAUAAAAGAUAAAUUUCACAGUAAAAGCUGUGAAAACUCUGACAGUCCACCUCCCAGACAGGGCCACCUCUGUCCAAGUACAGCAAACACAUUUCACAAAUUACUCCACAUCUACAAAGGUUGUGUGAUCCGGCUCAAGUUGUUGUUGAUCCAUCUUACCGUGCCAGAGCACGACUGGAUCCUCCUUUUUUUCUCAGGUAAACUACCUCAAACAGAAACAGAAAUAAUUGUCCACAUUAAUCAUUAAUAAAAAGGUAACGCCCAUUAAUAAACCUUGAACAGAUAAACAGAUCAGGGCGAUAAAACUUCAGCAGGCAUGAAAAUCUCUCACCUUUCGGCGGAAUUUGCCGUUUUGAACUCAAAAAGGGUGACCUACGUGAAUCGUGUAGAUCCGAGGAGAAUUUUUUUUAGGGGGGGGGGGUCGGGGUCGGGAGAUUUUUAUUAUUAUCAUAUGAUUGACUCAAUACGUAAACUGAGCGCUUCAGAAAUCGGCCCUUUAAAUGACACUUGGACGGUCAGCAAACCCUCCUGGCUCCUUCGCUGACGAGAACCAAUCAUAGGCCAAACUGCGUUCCAUUAUUCCAAUCAUGCGCACACUCUUCACGUGUACUUGGAGUGCUUGGAGAGCCUGUGGUAGCAUUGCAAAGCUGCGAGAACGAGAAGCAGGACACCACGCCGGUGUUGUGCCGUAGAUUGCACCCCUGCCGUAGAAUGCCACCCUGAUGGGAGCGCGGUUGAAAGUACACAACAAGGCGAAAUAAUCCAAGUUUUGAGCCAUCUAAAAUAGCGAAAGCGGGCGUCUCGCGUUUACUGCUCUGCAAGGCUCUCAAGUCUCACGCAUUCAGCGUGUGACACACACAUUCCCACCCGUUCACACGCUCACACGCCACACAUUGUAUUUCUCACGCAUUUAUGUGAACAUGGUGAUGUCCACAAAGUUGCACCUCUGUAACAAUUGAACAGGUAGAAAUCAAGUGAGUUGAUCCGAGAGUUCAGAAGCUGCGUGCCACGCGCAAGCCAAUCAAAUAAAGUAUAUAUACUGAACAGCCAAUCAGAAAGCAGCAUUGCUGUAUCCGGGUAGAUUUUGAUAUCUUGCGGUUUGACUACAGAAGACAGACACUCGCCGAAAUAGAGCAGGUUUUUAUAAGGACGAGAAAGACCCGAUGAUUACAGUAAGUCAGUAACCUACACAUGCAGAGACCUCAACACCUCAUGGCAGAUAAACUCAUAUGAUAAACUAAAGCCCUAUGCUAUUGCUAUUAACAGCUGUAUUGACGGAUUUAGCCUCUGUACAGCCAUUUCCAGCCAUUCUCCCCUCCACAAAAGCAGCAUUUCUCAUAUAUUCUUUUUAAAGUUCUGACAGUGUAACGCUCAUGUACCAAAGGAUUAAGUAUCUCCAUGUUUGUGAAACCUAUACUAAAGUACAAUUCAUCUAAAUGCUCCUCCGUGCUGAUUUUAGCAACUCUCCUCCACAACAGGUAACUUUAGGACUUUAGUCUUAUAUAUUAUUGACUUUAUUUUCCUAAAUAAUAACUUUAUUGUCUAAGAUUUAAUACCGUUUAAUGUGGCCCUCAUACUCCGUUGUAUUUAAGAGAUUAUUAUACUAUUAUAGUAAUAAUUAUCUUCAACCCCCGCUUCUCACCUUUUCAACCCCUGACCCAUUUUCAUGCCUGUUCAGUGUUGAGCCACUCAAAACUUUUAUGCCACAACAGCACCAAAAGUUUAAUUUAAUACACCAGUAGUCCAGAGAUCUGUUGAUGUCUGGACGUUAAUUUGAGAAUAACUAAAAGAGAAAUCCUCAAGUGCAACAUCAACAGCAUCAACUAUCAUUUAAAUACGUCCUUUAUAACAGGAAGUCAUUAAAAACUUACUGUUAGGUGUUUACAUUAGUGCCCGUUGACUAAUAAACCCAGCCUGUAGGCGUCCGUCUCUCAAACAAAGACAUUUAUACAGUCCAUCAGAGCCAGCUCAUAAUUCCUCCUUUAUGAUGGACAUGAGGACACACAUGUGACUGAUGAACGAGUGUGAGAGAGCCUGAAGGAAGGUGACCUGUCUAUCUGUGGAGAUUUUCCCUUUCGGCCUUUUUCCUUCUGAUUCACAAUUUAUCAUCCGUCCAUCAAACGUCUCCCCCGUACAUCCUCCAUGUCUCUCUCCCUCUCUCUCUCUCUCUCUCUCUCUCUCUCUCUCUCCCUCUCUCUCUCUCUCUCUCUAGACUGUCUCUGUUGUUUGUUUCCCGACAUCACUCUUACUUCAGCUCUACCUUUGGUAAAAAUUGUCUUUUUUAAAGGUUUUUUGUUUUUUAUUGGUGUGUACUAAGUAGAGCUGUUACAUCCUUGUCCACAUAAAUACCAGAUCACACUGAGAAAAUCAGUUUUUUUAGGUCUCUUUCCUUUUUCACAGGACAGUUUUGGUCCCCAAAACAUGUGGCCAUAUUUCAUAAUUUGUCAUUUUUGAUAGACAUGGCUUUGUAGCCUGGCAACAUUGGGGGAGGCUUCCAGAAUGCUGGGUUCUGCAGUUCUGGGUUCAGGGACUACUGUGUAGUGCUGGACGAUAAUUCGAUAACAAUAUAUAUCGAUCGAUAGACGUGUGGUGCGAUAGAAAAAAAACAGGUCGAUAAAAAGUUCGAUAGAAAAACACAGUUUCCCUUUCUUUUUCAUCAUAGCCUAUCAUGUAGCUUUUACUACAGUCAUUACUUCCUCCUAACCAAUCACAAACGCAGACCCAGGUACGCUACGGCACCAAGCCCAGCCCCUCUCAAAGCACAACAGACAGCACGUGUAUUAGAAAAAAUGAUACAGCAAGGAGAAGCGGAGGACAUUGUCCCGAAAAAAGGUUUCAGUAGUUCACCAGCAUGGCAAUGUUUUGGUUUUUAGAAGUCUGACAAAAAGCAAACAGCGGUCGUUUGCAAAAUUUGCAGAGAAUUAGUAAAAACCAACCCUGCUUCUCGUGCUCAGUUUGCGUAUUAAGUCAAUCACAUGAUAAUUAAAAAUAAAUAAAUCUCCCGACCCCGGGAGAAAUAUUUCAGUGUUCAGACACCAGGCUGUGGGCAGUUUCCCACACAGUUAAAACUGGUAGUAUGCUAUUCCCACCUAAAGCUAUUCUGUUUAUUUAUAUAUUUGUUUGUUUUGUUUAUUUUCAUCAAAAGACUAUAUUUAUUAUAUAUUUAUUUAUCAGAUUUUCUGGUCACUUUAGUCUUUAUGUUUGUCAGUAUUUACUGACGUCACUCAGGCCACUUAAGUUGAUUUCUUUUUCUUUUUUAAAAAAACUUUCAGUUGUAGUAAAAAGAAGGUGGUUGAAUAAAGGUUUAAAUUUGAAUUCAGUGCUUGUGUGUUCUUUAUUAAAAGUAGGUCAUUAAGCAAUAGCGUAAAACAUCCAGGGCUGCAAUUAAAAUAUAUGUUAAAAUUUUUUUGAUAAUCAUCGAUAUCGAUCAAUAUGACUUAUUUUUUAUCGAUAUGCUUUUUUUCUAUAUCGUCCAGGCCUACUACUGUGUUCUGGAAAGAUUGAUUAAACAUGUUGAGAUUUGUAGUGCUGGGUUCCAGAGUGAGUGGUUCAACAGUGCUGGGUUAGAAAAUAACGCUUUCUACUAAACUGGGUUCUAAAGAGCUAAGCAUAGACUGUAUAUAGAAUGGACGCCGUCUGCUUCCUCGCUGGGUGAAGCCACCAUGAGAACAGCACCCUCUGGUGAUGGGCUGCAGUAUAGGUCAUAAAUCCCGCUUCCUCUAGCAAUCCCUAUGGAGCUGUGGACAAACUUUAGAAAUUUAUUACACUGAAUAUACAUUUUUCUCCCCCCUGGUUGUGAUGUUGACAUGUAGUUACUGUCAGACUGGUUUGUGCUCCAUUUUUAAAAGUUAUUAGGGGGUUCAUGUUUUCAUUGAUUGACACCUGAUACAGCCUAUGGGAGUACGAAGAUUGCAUAGCUCACCUGGGGGAUACGCUGUUUGAGCCGAGCGUCAUCACAGCGACUCUCGGUGACUCUCCCGCUGAAUGGGUACAACGCUACUGCGCAUUGUUGCUUUCAGGAAAUGGAGAAACAUCACAGAAAUACUGAGAGCAAUUCAGCUUCAAAUCCGCUUCUUUGGAAGAGCAGCAGUGUGACACGCAAAUAUAUGGGUACUAGGAAAGCUGCAAUACAAAAGUCAUCGGCCUUGAAGUGCUGUUUUUUUUUUUAUAUUGGUUAGUGUUGGGUUUUAGCUGUAGUGCUGGAUUUUUAAAGUGCUGAGUACUGGGGUGCUGUUUUUUGGAACUUUGGGAACUUAAAUUGGUUCCAGGAUGCUUGCUUGGUUCUAGAGUGCAGAGAUUUGAGAAACUAGGGUCUUGAAUACAAAGUUCUUAGAAACAAGGUUCCAUAGUUAUGGGUUCUGGAGGGCUGGUUUUUGGAAGGCUGGCUUCUAGAGUCUCGGGUUUUACAAAGGUGGUUUCCAGGUGGUUCUUGAAUUCAAUCAUUGACGCGUCUUUGAUGUAAGAACGAAUCAGACUGUUUAUAUUUUAAUUAUUUUUUAAUAGCAUUGUUGAUAUUCGGAUGUGGAUCUUGUGUACAUGAGUAAUGUUGUCUUUUUCCACCAGGGGGCGAUGUAAUUCGUAUUUAAAGAGGUCAUUUUGUUUAUUGUAGGAUGCUCUCAUUACUGUGAUCCAGAUUUACAGAAAAAAAUCUCCCUCCUUUUCUCCAGUCGUCCUGUUCUCUGUCUGUUUCUGUGUCUCUCCAUCCCUCUCUGAGGCGCUAUAAUCCUGCGGGUCCCUGGUGUUAUUAGAGAGAAAGAGAGAGAGAGUGUGUGUGUGAGAGAGAGAGAAAGAGAGAGAGAGAGAGACAGAGAGAGGGAGAGGAAUGAUGCUGCUGGAGUCGAGUUGAUGCUCAGUAACCGACGGCAACGCAACAAUGCCGCACGACCACUGGUGAGUCUGGCAUCUCCUCUCAUCCUCCAUCUGUGUGUGUUUUUGAUUGCAUGUGUGUGUGUAUUUGUGUAUAUUUGAUGUGUGUGUGUGUGUGUGUGUGUGUGUGUGUGUGCGUGUGUGUGUGUGUGUGUGUGUGUGUGUACUGGAGCUUCUUCUGAUGCGUCUCUGUCCCAGGCUGCGUUCAAGAGUUUAUAGACCGACAGCAUUAUGGAGUGAUCAUCAGGUUGCAUAUUUGUGUUUCUUAAGAACUCGCGUUCAUAGACAAGUGUUUGUGUGUGUGUGUGUGUGUGUGUGUGUAUGUUAAAGCUGUUACUUUGACCUUUAAAUCAGCUGAUGUGUCCGUUUGAACCUUUGAUUUCGCCCAAAGCCGGGGUCUGACAGCAUAAAUCUGCUCUGAUCUGACAGAAACUUUAAUCUUAAGCUCUGCAGCGUCGGUUUUGGAGAGAAACUGAAAAAGUAAAAAUCAAGAUUUUAAGGAGAAACAGGGUAAAAAAAAGAAAUAUAAAUGAGAUAUGCAUACAAAAUUCAGAUCAAAGUGACAUUAUGAGUGAUUUCAACUGAGCAGAUUUACGCCAACUCUGACUGUAAAGAGGUAAAACAGUAGAAAUGAUAUGACUGUGCUGUCAUACCGCACAGAUAGAUAGAUAGAUAGAUAGAUAGAUAGAUAGAUAGAUAGAUAGAUAGAUAGAUAGAUAGAUAGAUAGAUAUUUGUGCAUGACAACACUGAUAAAUAGUUGCUUUGCUUAAAAGUCACACAUUUCCCUGAAGUGCAUAAAGCCUGUUGUGUGUGUGUGUGUGUGUGUUUGUGCGUUUAAAGGGCAGAUGCUCCGUCUGUCUAGAAACACAAGCCAGCAGCGUCUCCCCUUUCUCUCUCUCUCUCUCCCCCUGCUGCUGUUGUUCUUAUUUAUGAUGUUGUUUUCGGCACUUUGUCUUUUUUAUGUCGUUGUUGACGCCACCGACACGUGUGGCGCCCGGUGAUGUUAAUUAGACUCCAGGAGGGGGGGAAAAAAGGAGGAAAACAAACGCCUGGCUGCAGACAAACGUCUCUGCAGGUGGUAGAGAAACACUGAGUCUGAAAUCUCUGCAAACCUGCAGGUUUCUCUACUGAAUGUAUCUGCAGUCUGGAGCUCGGUGAUGAGUGUGUGUGGUACAUGCAGCGCCCCCUUGAGGCUGCAGUGUUCAUAAAUCCACAUUUUUCAAGUCUUGGUUUAACACGUCUCACAAGAGGAAGCAGCCGCUUGGUUUCAAAGUGGAGCUGAUGUAGGGUCUUAUAAAACCAGCAGGCGGCGUCUCAGGAGAAAUCUCGAUGAAAACGCUCCUCAGUUUAUUUACUCCUUUUAAUGAGUGUUCGGGUCUCAUCUUUGAUGCAGCAUGUACGGUGGCUGACGAUGGCAAACUGUCUGCAGUGGCCCAAAGGAUCCUCAACUGCAAAAACAGGAACACAAUUGAAACACUCUGCAAACAGAAAACCGAGCUGUAAACAUCUAAAACCGCUGCACAAAUGAAAAAUGCACUGCGAAGAGAAAACUGAUAAAAGCAAAAAUGUCCUAAGUUCUUUCUUUUCUGUCCAUCUCGUGUUGAAGAUAGUUCAGGACGUUGCAGAUCUCCAGUGGUUGCUGUAAGCAUGUUGUUCAUUCAGGUAACUCUGGUUCACAGGGGUGCAGUUAGACGGUGGAUAUCUUUGAAAAGCCAGAGACAGACAGUGUAACUCACUUUAGUUUGAGCUUUUUUAAACACUCACUCAUAUUUCAGUGUGUUUUGGUGGGAAAAGUCUCCCCGUGGGUCUGUCAGGAACUCUGUCACUUCACAUCUGUUGACGCUCAGCUGUUGGGGUGUGUUACAGGAGGACAGAGUCCCUCAGCCUGCCCGUGCUCUAAAAUUAAAACUCCUCCAGCCUCUGAGAGAUACUGGGGGUGAGUCUCCAGCUCUUUAUAAGAGGCUCAAUCAGCUUCUGAAGAGCUCCAGGGUUGUUCCCGUGUGAGGACUCAGAGGACUUGGACUCAGACGCUGGACUCAUCUCGGGUUUUGUUGUGAUUUUUGUCGACAGAGUCACAUGGAGCUGCCAAGAGUCAAUGAGUUUCCAGUGUGUGUGUGUGUGUGUGUGUGUUUGGGAACAAAUCUGUGCUUUGUAUUUUGCGGUGUGGCCUUAAUGAACCAUGAACUCCACUUUUACCUGGGGCGGUCAGGUAUGAAGAGGGGAGGAUAGGACUUUGCUCUAACAGACUGCUCUUUGAAAAUCAAAUAUUCUGUGUGUAUUCUGCAAGUACAAGUUCAACAAAUCUUGUCAAAGGUAUUUAACCAUCUUUGGCUCAGCUAAAUUAAAGGUAUUUUCCACAUGAUUCUUUGUUUGUUGAUGUGUUUUAGCUUUCUACGUGCUUAAAAAAGUCAUUAGCAUCACUAUAUGGCAUUAGAUAAGACUACUUAGCGAAUCGACUCCUUGAGAACUAUUUCUGCCUCUGUCCUAAGGCCGCUGUUGAUGAAGUCCAGCUGAUCAGGUCCAAGCUCAGUGACUCUCAGGUUUUCUACAAAGACACCCUUUAAGCUUCACCUAUAAAUAUCACCUCGGAUUUCGCCCUUUGUCGAUGAAAUGCUGUUUGAUAUUGACACUUGGCUGAACAGGCCUUAGCUCUUUUACUCCCAGCUUCUCCUGCAAAGAUCUCCUCUCAAACAACUUUUUUUUUGACUCUCUCCAAAGCAUUGAAAGUUUCUCCUGCACAGAAUUUAUUCCGAUACUGCCUGCCUUGCUUUUCUUCAGUAUGCACUUUAAGGUCCUAUUUCUUGUACAGAAGAGGAGCUAUAGUGCAAAAAUCAAUCUACAAUAUGCCAAUGGAUCACGUCACUCUGACAGCAGCAGCUGAUUCAAACAGAAAGUUACUGAAUGGCUGCAUUUUAGAAAAGUCCGCCUGAAAUCUGGGGUAGUAUUUUUAAAAUCUGACUUCUUUUUGAAAUAACAAAGAUUGAGAUAGAAUUUUUUUUUAAAAAGCCUGUGUGCUCAGUGGAGACCAGAUUGUUGUGGCCUUUAUGUGAAAUGUUAGCUGAAGUUUUGGUGCCCUGUUACUGUCACAUUUCUUCUCGGGAGGAACUGGAGGGUUAAAUUUAAAUGUUAAUGAACAGCUUUGAUGUUCUCUGGGAGCCCCGCGGGUCUCCUGCUCUGAAGAAAAUUCAUAAAUACAUUUUUCAUGACUUAACAUGCUGGAGAAUUACCUGGGAUGGCUCCACAGGGUCCAGAUGAAACUGAAAAACAUCCUCAUGUUUCUAUAUUUAAUUUAUAAGCAGUAAAUGUUCCGUAACACAACAUAGUGUAGAUGUAAAGACACACUCUGUUAGGGUGGAUCAGUCAACAGCUGCAACACCUGCUAUAUAACAAUACUCAGCUAUGCAAAGUAAGUCAAGCUCUACUCGCCGGAUAGAGAUAUACUGAUGCUACAGAUAAAGAUGUAGAGUAAGGUGUUUAUGGUGUUUCUAAGAGUCAGCUUUAUUGUUAAACCCCAGGGAAGACCAAGGCCAUGUCAAAGAAAACAAGACCACCCAAAAUUGUUAGACCCCUAAAACUCAAAGCUAAGUAGAUGGGACUGAAAUUAUUAUAUCAGUAUGAUCUAGAAAAAUGAGGUCAGAAAGUUUAAGGUCAGACAUUUGGAGGUCAGACAGUAUGAGGUCAGGUGGUAUGAGAUGAGUCAGUAUGAGGUUUUACAACAUGAGGUCAGACAGUAUGAGGACAAAAAGUUUGAGGUUAGACAGCAUGAGGUCAGACAGCAUGAGGUCAGGUGGUAUGAAGUUAGACAGCAUGAGGUCAGAGAGUUUAAGGUAAGACAACAUGAGGUCAGACAGUAUGAGGUUUUACAGCAUGAGGUCAGACAUCAUGGAACCAGACAGCAUGAGGUUUUAUAGUAUGUGGUUUUACAGCAUGAGGUCAAACAGUAUGAGGUUUAACAGCAUGAAGUCAGACAAUAUGAGGUCAGAAAUCAUGGGACCAGACAGCUUGAGGUCAGGUAGUAUGAGGUCAGACAGUAUUAGAUCAGAUGGUAUGAGUCAAAAAGCAUAUAGUCAGAUAGUAUAAGGUCAGACAGGGCAGCAUGAGGUCAGACUGUAUGAGGUUAGACAGCAUAAGGUCAGGUGGUGUGAGGUAAAAAAAAGUGUAAGUUUAGAAAGCAGGAUGUCAGACACGAACGAUGGGCAGCACCAGGAGGUCAGGCAACACUAAUGUUCCGACAGUGUGAAUACCAACAGUUAGGGGUCAGGCAAUGUGAUAUCUGACACUACGAGGUCAGGUGGAAUAAGGUCAACAAUGGAGGGUCAGUAGGCAUGAGAGUGAGGCAUUAUAGAUCAGGCUAAAUACAUAUAGAAAGUGUUGAACCAGGAAGACAAGACAAAGCAAAGCAAGAAUUAGGCCAGACAUGAUGAGGACCUGCAGCAUAAGUUGAGACUUUAGUACACCAGGUGGCACAAGGUAGACUGUUAGUGGGUAGUCAGGCAUCAAGGGGUCAGAUAGCAUGAGGACAGAUGGUCGGGGUAAGGUGUCAUCAGGUCAGGUGGCUUAUGGUCCAAUGGUUAGAAGAGAGGCAGCAUUAGGUCAGUCAGCUUGAGUCCAUACCUGGAGAGUCAAGACGCUUUUAGAGGUUUAGAUGCUGGGAGGUCAGGCAGAAUGACAUUGGAAAGAUGGAGGUCCAGCAACAUGGAGGUCAGACAUUGUGAACUUAGACUCAGUAUGGUUUGAUAGUGUCUGAGGUUGGGCAGUUUGAGGCGUGGUGCUAUCUGAGGUCAGACUCUGCAAAGUUGAACAGCGUGAGGUCAGACAGUUUAAGAUUUGAUAGUUUAAGGUUUGACAGCGUGGGAUUUGACAGUGCUCGGGCAGACAGCACAGCUUUGGUCCCCUGGCUGCUCUGAUGCUCUCUGCUCCUGUGAGAACUGUCAAUUUAAUGAUCCCAAACACAGUGAAACCGCACAGCAAUAGCAUCCUGUUACAACCAGCUGUGCUGCUGUCUGCUGUGGAUGACAGCGCUGUCAGCGACCAGACAGGAGAGACGGUCUGUCAGUUUGAGAGCUGAAUAUGAGCAGAACAAACACAUAUAUCUUUUUUUAACAGUGAGAGGUUUUUCAUUCAGCUAAUCACAAAGAAACGUAAAAUCUUGAGUGUCAAAUAAAACAUGAGACCCAUCAGGAUGAUAAGACUUGGAAAGUGAUGUAUUUGAGUCAACUUUUGCAUAAUGGUGUUGGGAUGUGAGGAGGUUUCAUGGCUGUCAGCAGUCAUGGACGACUGUGUCAGCCCUUUUCAGUACAGCAAGUUCCUGUUCAUUUGGAGUUCCAACUUGGCAGGGAUAUUUCGGGUCUCCAGAACUUUUUUAGACUCAGUGAUUUACAGGCUGCGUAGUUGUACAAAGGUCCAAGUAGCAUCUAUGUUGUAGAAACAUUGAAGAUUAAAAGUUACCAGGGUUUUGCCUUCCAUCAAAGGGUGUGGCCGUCUCAUGAAGUCAAAGUUAGUGGGCUAAAACCGUCACCCUUAAGUGUCCCGGGCUAAGUGUGUCUAAAAUACAUCUGUGAUUAUUCGCCAUAAAACAGGAAGUUCAGUUAACUCCUUCACAGAACCUCAGAUCUUUUCCUAAUUGGAUAUACAACAUCAAGGUCGCCACUCUGUGGAAAUUCACGGAACUUACUUAUACAUGCAUAGUCCAGUCUGCUCCAGAGUUCCUCAGCUUGGUGUCAGACCCAGCCUGAUCUCAUCUGUGUACACACUUUCGUCAUCUAUGAACUCAAUUGUCUGUGAAGAUGCCAAUGUAGGGCUGGGCGACAAACCGAAAAUUUCCCGAUAUCGAAAUUAACAACAAUAACCGAUGUCAAUAUAUUCGGUGUCAACAAAAUAAAUAAAUAAAAGUUGGUUUUGGAUGUGUGUAGGUAGGCUAUGGUCUCAUGUCCCUUUGAGACGCUGUCCUACGUCGGAGACGUGACUCCACCCCAUCCAGUCCGUAACAAAGAGGGAAAGACAGGUGAGGAGAUGGAGGACAGUUCAAAAGUUGUAGCGGCUGAAGUCGACAAAGUUAAUGUGGGAGGGGGUGAGCAGCUUGUGGAGUAGUAAUUGUCCAUUUAUCGUUAUUGAGGUGAACUGAUCAAUAUAUCAUGAUAUUGAUUUGAGGCCAUAUCACCCCGCCCUAUACCAAUGACUCCAUGUUCUGUUUUUCCAAGUUGAACUUUUGAAGUACUUUUAAGUAUUGUUCUCUGUAUUUAUGUGGACUUAAAUGAUUUUAAGGACUCCAAACACUUAGUUGAUAUCUUGAUUUCAAAUAAAGUCUUAUUUGUGAGUCAGGUUUGCAGCCCGCUGCCUUUGAGAAGAGAGACAAGGUCCACAGGGAACAGCUUCAGUAAUGUGGACUAAAUGAAAAGACUUUCAGAUGGGGCAUUUUUAGAGAGAGUGAAACAACAUCUCACUAAAACUGCAGUCUCACGGCUUCAUUGUGAAGUGCGUUUUGAAGAUUUGAGAAACAUAAAGCCACAGCAUCAAUGAAUGAAUCCAGCAAGGAAGGGAGGAGGAUGACGAUGGAGCUGCAGGGGGCACAUGCUGCGUCGAUGAAAUUCAUGAUGGUAAAACAGACUCUUUUCCUGCGCUUGAUUUUUUUCCUUUUUGGAGAUGAAACGUUCAGUGUCAGGAAAUAGUGAGGGAAAAAGAGUGUGACAUUUGAUAAAAGUGCUCAGGAGGAUGAAUCUAAAGCAGCCCGAGAAUAAAACUUUCCCUAAAAAGUUCAGGAACUUUAGAAAAGUCCUCUUGAUGAGGGAACUAAAUUUAGUUCAUAAUUUAUUCCUCCAAUCUGAGCACUGAUUUAGUCCCUGAGUUUAUCAAAAGGUUCCUGGUCCCCGGGGAGAUUUCUGAAAAGAGCUUUUAUCUCUUUUGUUGUUUCUUUUCAGUCUCUAGUUUCAGACUGAACUCGUCCUGAACUUAUGUGACAGGCUCCCGAGGCGAGGUGCAUUGUGGGAAUGGCCCGCAGGAGUACUUGACAUCAGUGACUCACGUGAACAUGUGUGUAUGAAAGUGUGUGCGCCCCGAAGAUGAUGUGAUUGGACGUGACAGCCGUGAUAACGAACCGACGUCCACUGAAAGGUGAAACUGCGCGAACAUAACUCGAUCACACAUAAACAUCCAGAAACUCACAUUUGUGUUAAAUCGACGAACUUAAAUAUCAGUGUGUACAUUAUUAGUUAUGCAUUUUUAUAUGUUUUAUUACUACACCUCUGUCGAUGCAGGUUCAACCAGCUUCGCUCACACAGUCUCUCACACACAUGCACACACACAGCGACCUUUUCUCUCUCAGCAGGUUUCGCGUCUCCUUUUACUCUCAGUUCUGGUUGUCUUGUCGUCGUUUUGUGACCUUUUCCUUCAUUCCUGGACUUUAAUCGCUCCCCGAGGACCUGAAAGUCUCACAGAGAGGUUUACGCUUAUGAAUAAAAACAUAAAAACAGCCCAGGACUGAAAAGCGCACUGCCUGAGGUUGCUGCAGACUCCUGCAGAGACUGUGUACUCAGAGGGUUUUUGGAAAUGUCUCCAAAAGACCAAACAGGACAGCUGAUCAAGACGCUUAAGGAGUGACAAAAAAAAAAGACUUUUAAAACUCACAUAAGCUUUAGAUACACAAUGAGAUCAAUUUAUAAGAAAGAAAUUCAGUUAUCAUGUACAUAUUUUUAACUUUUGUCAUUUUUUUUGAUAACAUUUAAUGUUUAAUGAAUAUUAGAUAUAUUAAACUAGGCUGUUAUCACGUUUAUCUCUAAUGAACAUUUUGACAUGGAGCUCUAUGGGGGUUGACUUACUUUUGGAGUUAGCUCCUAGUGGACUCUAAAGGUACUGCAAUUUUUGUGGCUUCUUCACUUUUUUAACGCUGGGUGUCGCUGCUUUAUUCAAAGAAAUAAAUAAACCAGAUUUCAGUGUAAAAGAUAUUUAUAGAUUUAAAACUCAAAGGUGUCCAUUCAUGUUUUUGAAUAUUAAUGAAUUAAUGAAUUAUUCUGGACUCUGAUUGGCUGUCAAACCUGGAUUAAAAGUGGGUUGAGAGAUCAAACCUCCUUUUCCUCAGAGUGAGAUACAGACAGCAAAAAAUAAAAAGUGUUUUGAUGUCUGGGACCUUACUGGGGUUAUGUGAAGAUGAAUCUCAAAUAUUCUCUGCUGGUAAACAUCCUAUCAUCCUUCUGAACAUCCUCCUCCUCUUUUUCUGUCCUUUAUGAAUCCAAACUAAUUUCAGCAAUCUGACAUUUCCACUGAAAAGAGAUAAAAGUGGAACUGCCAGAGGGCCGGCGAGCACGCGGCGAGGCCGAUGACCUUGUGUUAAUGUGUUUGUGACAGUGUGUGUAUAAGAGGGACACAAAGUGAGUGUGUUGCGUAAAAAUCUAUGAAAGGCGACAAGGCAAACAGACUUGGAGGGCAAAUUAAGUCCAUUACACAACAUAUAAAUAAAGUGUUUGUGUCAUCAAGAAGAGUCCCAAAAAUAACGCCCUGGUCUGAAGUUAUGAUGAGGAUGAAACUUAAUGAUAAUAACCUCAAAUUCAACCUCUUAAAAUCAAGAUUUAAAUAAAAAUCUGCACUUACAUGCAAAGAAAACAGAGAGGGCUCUUCAAAGGAGCCAGUCAGACAAAUUAUUCUGUAUCAGUGUUCGCAGGCGAUCAGUUAUUGUGAUGUUUGCUGCAACGCAAUGACACCUCAGCGGGACGUUUUAACACCUCCCAUCACAAACAGCCAAUAAUGAAGAUGAGACGUCAUCGACCUGCUGAGAUCAGACCAGGCGUGACUCUCCGCUCAGCGGGAAACGAACAUCACGUCUGUGUUUGAAGGAUAGGUUUUAAUCUGGAGAAAAGAGCAGAGGAGGCCGAAGGAGGUUUCUGAUGUUCUGUCUGAGCCUCUAAAGGGAUAUUCCGGUGUGAAAUUAAUUUAGGGUCAAACACACUUUAACACAGAGUUAGACACCCCCUUAAGAGAUGAAUGUUGCCGACUUCUUGCUUCUCUAGUUUUACCAACUUUAGUGUAAUGCUCAGAACAGCACCUAACUACAUCAACAGUACAUAUGGGGUCCCUGCCAUCGUACUAGCCACCAAACAUCCUUUUAACUUUCCCUAAUUUCUUUGGCAAAGAAUGUUUUUUUUAAUUAUUCAAAGUCUAUAAGGUACCAUAAUAGAAAAUCGUUCUGCUAAUCUUCUGUUUUUCACUUAACAGAACAGCUAGCUUAAUGAGGUAGCUAACAGAAAAGGUAGCUCUCUUUUAGCCAACAGAGAAAACAGCUCUGGACUCCUGAUGUCUCUGCUGGUAGGUGGAUCCAUGACUGAACCUAACGUGGGUUCAGUCAAAGAUCUGGUCAACAAAAUCUGACGCUGAGUCAUCACACAAGUCAUCAGAGUGAGACACACACGAGUCAUUGUUAACAGGUCAAUAUCACAACACAUGUCAUCGAUACCAGACACUUUCUGUUCGCAGACAAGUAAUGCUGUAAUCUGAGUGGCUGUUGACUGAUCCUAAGAAAAUUAAUGCUCCUUUUUAGCGCCUGCUUAUAUUAGAGUGUGAGUGUACGGAUUUGUUUUUGUGUACUUGUGGGACCAAUGCUUGAUAGAUGAUCAUUACUGCGGGGACACGUGUGAGUGCCAGUGUUUUUAUACAUAUGUGAGGACCAAUCUUUGACCAAUAACUUUCUUGACAUUUAUAAAGAAGAAGUUAAUUGAUCUUCUUUAUUGGUGGUCGACAUUUACAUGUGGGAACCGCCACCUGAAAGAGGAUCAUCCUUGUAAGGACCUUUUUACAUGUGUCAACUUAUGUGCAACACGAGAUUGUUGAAAUAUAAUCGUGAAGACUGACCCCGGACCAAUGAAAACAAUGGACAGAAGAGGUACGUUUCUGCCUAUACUUGUGGGGACGAAUUUUAGGUGGACUAUUAUUCUUGUGAGGGCAUUUGUUUGUGACGGCGUGUGUGUGUAUCUUUAUGUAGUUGUGAAGAGCAGCCUUGGACCAAUGACCUUUCUUGUUAGGGAAUUUGUUAUUGUAUGUUUGUUUACAUAUAGUUGUGGGGACUUACCCUUGAUGGAAAAUGUAGGCUAUGUUUGCAUAUAAAAGUGUGUAUGUAUUCUUAUAUAAACAUAUUUGUGAGGACCAGUUCUUGAUGGAGAGGCAUUUUUAUGAGGACACUUUUGUUUGUGGGGACUUCUAUGUGUGUCUCAAUGUACUUGUGAGGACCAACAAUGGACCUGAUCCUUUUUGGGACAUUUGUGAAGGUGUGUGUGUGUGUGUGUGUGUGUGUGUGUGUGUGUGUGUGGUGAACGUGAAAUCAUCUGCAGUUGAAUGUGUGGAGGCUGGUGACAGAUUGGAGCUCAAUCUGUAUAGACAGACUCAUCAUUCCUGUGUGUGGCGGUCCAAAAAAUUAGGACACACACACACACACACACAUACCCACACACCCAUGUACACACACUCAUUUUGGAGAUCGGAGCUUUUUGUGUGAGGGGCAGACAGAGUUUAAUACGAGAAGUUUUGUGACAUUUUUAAGGAGUUGUUUCUGAAAUUUUAUGAUAAAAGUGCAAACAUACAGAGGCGAAAAGUCUGUGAAUAAACUGUUUAAUAUCUAAAAUACCAAAAAACCCACAGGAAAUAAAUAUUGUUCGUAAAAUAAAAAUGUGCUAAUGUGUAUCUAUAAAGCAGUUGUAUGUUUUCCCAUGGUUCCCUGAGGUGGUUGAUUAUUUCUGUCUGUGUGUUUUCAGCAAACAGGAGCUCAUGACCAUCUCAAAUGUCCCCGUCACAGACUGUCCCCCCUCUCCCCCAAGAACCGCACCCCCCACCAUGAAGGUAACACAUCGUCAUGUCCAUAUGGACCAUCAAAACAUCCAACGAUUCGUGGAUGUUAUAUCAGAGUUUGCCUAAAUGCUAAGUAAUCACCUUUCUGCUUAUUUUUUCCACAGUCAGCUCAUUUCUUCGACAUGAUGGAUAAGAUGGAGGUAAGAAUCAGAUUUGGAGUUUCUUUCAUAUGUCAUUUCAGUCUUCUCUGCGCUGACAGCUGUUAAGAUAAUUAUUGUGUGAGUAAAUGAAUAAAUAAAUGAACAAAUGAGGGAUUAUUUUGCCCAGUCGGGAAGCUUCCUCACCAGGAGCUGAAAUUAUUCAAUAUUCAUUUAGCUUUAAGCUGAAUUGAAUGGAGCUGAUGGAAGUGUAACAGUGCCAGUUUAUUCCCACUAGAAACACCUGGAUUCACAUGUUCCUCCAUGGAGUCCAAGUUCCUUACCUUGCUAUCGUAUCUGAACACUGUAGCUAAGCUAUCGCAGAUUUAGCAACUUGUUUUUAAACUCUAACCUUAAAUUUCCACCAAUUUUUGAACAGUUUUUCAGUGUUACACACAGUAGAUUUCCGUUCUCUGGUUUAGGACAUUAAUGAUAAAUCAUGUGGGGAAUUCGUAAACCAAACCAAAUCACCUUUGGUAGAUUAAUCCAGGUCAAUAUGACUAUUUACAUGCAGAGUUAAGUGGUUAAAUUCGAUCUGGCGAUCUAACUGAACUACCGUUUUUGUCCCAGUUUACAAACACCAAACAGUAAUUGAAUUACUGAUAAAAAGUCGAGUCUGAAACUAACUAACAAAUCGACAGAAAUGGAGUCAGAGCCACAGAUAACCUUUACUCUGUGUUCUCUUCCUCACGCUAACACAGCAGGUGCCCGAAGCAGCCGAGAUGAAGACGAUCCCUCAGAGACAGAAGGCACGUCUGUCCAUCUGUCUGUCUGCAUUUCCAUCCACGCUGUCUUUAUAUUUUCUCAUUUCAUUCACAGACAGUAGGACCAGCAUGUCUCUGCGUUUGCUUGAUGAAAAAACUCAAAUCCAUUUUACAUUCGUCUUCAGUCACAAAUAAAGAAUAAAUCUGAGAUCUGACAGGUUUUAAAAUGGACUGUAAAGAUGGACUGCCAUAACAUUUGGUCUCUAAUGAAAGUUUAUGUAGCAGCAGAAUUUAGGGUCAUCUGGCAAUAGUUUAACAUUUGCAACCAACUCAGAUUCCCUCACAAGUAUGUUAGUGAUCCAAGAAUGACGCUGAAACUGGACCUGAAAGUCCCUGUCUGGAGUCAGCAUUGGUUUUUUGUCCAUAGACUGUAUAUACUAUGGACAACUUGGUUCCGCCUUCUGCCAGUAUACAGAUUUGUUUUUGUGAAAUUAAAUAGGUGGUGUAUGUUGUACUGCCCCACGUCUAACUGUGAACACAGUGCUAUGGUGUUUGUAAGAGUAAAAUACAGUGUAAUGCGUUGCUUACAACUGGUAUAGCUAACAACCGCUAACAACAACGGCUAAUGACAGCUGACAAUUGUAAACGGCUAACAGUAGGCAUCUAUCUUUGUUUUCCGACUUGUUUACUGGAACGCCUUGGGUGUAACGUCAUUCCCAGCUCCGACAUCCGACUUCUGAAGUAACUGGAACGCAGCAAAAGCCCAGAAAGGUUUAAUUUUUAUUGUCAUUUUAGACGAUGUUUUGUUCAGGGCCUUCCCCUCACAGUCACCAAUGGGAGGAAAUCUUGUUGGGCAAUCAGUGAGUUCAACUCACUUGAAUCAAACCUCUUCACAUGCAGCUACACUUUCUCUGCUGCACAUUUGUCACUCACCGUUGACUUUCUGUGUCAUUUUAACAUUAAACAAAUUUGAUUUACUCUCGGUCUGAACGCUCCCUCAAAAGACGCUUUCUCCAAACAGAAAUAUCCAUCAUUUUAGUCGUCACUGAAAACCUGUUGGUAACAUUUAGCAGGUAAGAGGAUAUAUUACCUGUGCCAAACUGCAUUUCACCUUGACAGUAAAAACACAGACAUCCUUGACUAAGACUCAGGGCAGCAACCUGCGCCUCCAUGUUUCCUUGAGCAGUACCAUCAUUUCACACUUGACUUUCAUGCAGAUUGCUUCAAACUCAGCUCCAAACCACCUGGGUAUCUGCAUCAAGAGACCACUACAGGGAGCAAACAACAAGUUAUCAUCUGCAUGAUAGUGUCUCAUGUUCAGCCAAUCUCUUUGGACGAACAACCAAUCAUCGACUGUGGUUGUUUGAAAACACAUUCAUGUCCAACUUCAUUUCCCAUGGGGUUUAUACCCAGGUUAUCUGUGCCUUUAAUAUGGCAGUCUUUGUUUCCCAUGUGUAUUUAAAAUGUUCUGUAUUCUCUCUCAGGACGACUACAUUCCUUAUCCAAGGAUCGAGGAGGUGAGAACUAACGACAUACAUUCACAAACAAAACAUACAGUUCAAGCUACAUCUAACAUUUAUGAUAUUAAGUAAUUAAAUAUGUAACACAGGGACCAAAGAAACUAAAAGAUAUCACUGACAGGAAGGUGGCUGAACAUGAGAGAGACUCAAGCUUUCUAACACUGCAAAAAUUCAUUUUUUCAGAAGUAUUUUUUUGUCUUAUUUUUGGUUUGAAAAGUGUGUAAUUUGGCUUAAAGGGAUAUUCCAGCGUAAAAUUAAUUUAGGGUCAAACACACCAUAAUACCGAGUUAGACACCCCCUCGAGAGAUAAAUGUUGCCGACCACUUGCUUCUGUACUUUUACCAACUUAAGUAACGACCGCACGAUAACAAUACACAGCGGUCUGAGGAUCCAUAAACAAACCUCAAACAAAACGCCACUCUAUAGCCACAAAUAAUGCUCAGAACAGCACAUAUAGGGUCUUAGCCAUAAAGACUAAACACAACUCACCUACUCUCUUCCAGCAGCCGCUUGUUUGUAGCAAGACCUCGACCAGUCCAUUACUGACUACAGUGGAGUGACGCAGCUCAAGGAAGAACAUUUAUGAUCAUUUCUUUUUCAUUUCCUUGAAGUAAUAAUCACCAUGUUUAUCAUUUUUCACUGCAGACGCGGUAGUUCUUCUGCCUUAGUGUCUCAGUCUGUAUUUCCAUGAAGAAAUGAUCAUAAAUGUUCUUCGUUGAGCUGCGUCACCCCGCUGGAAUCUGGAAUGGACUGGCCUGAGGUCUUACUACAAACAAGCGGCUGCUUAAUCUAUUCUUUUAAUUUUGGCCACAGUCACCUAACAGACUGAGGAUCUAAUGCUGAGAAAAGAAAGCCCUGAAAUCAUGAGACUAAUCACCAAAUUACCAAAGACACAAAUGAAAAAGAAGAAAAUGUAUAAAAAAAGUACAAAAACCUGCAGUUCUUUCAGUGUCCACUAGAGGCUGGUCCUGAAAGUGGACCAGUCCACAUAGAGCUUCAUGUUAAGAUGUCUUUACCUGUGUUUUCCUGCUGCAGGUGUUAGAGCGGGGCGGUCCGUACCCUCAGGUCAUCCUGCCGCAGUUUGGAGGUUACUGGAUCGAGGACCCUGAGGCUCCUCCUCCUUCUGCACCUUCUCCCACCUCUCUGGAGGUCAAGGGCGAGGAUGGAGAGGAAAAGGAGGAGAAGGGAGUAUUAAGAGAAAUAGAGGAAGAGGAUAGACCCCCGGGGGAUUAUGGGUACCGACUGGAGGAGAUCAGCGAGGCUGCUCGAGCCUACAGGAAGCACUUCUUAGGCAGGGUGAGACUUCUGGCGGCUAUGGUGGUGUUUUCUGUGCUCUGAUUGGUGGUUUUAACAGAGACGUGGAUCAAGCAAAUGUACCCAGGCCAAUCGGAAAGCAGGACUUUUAAUAAUGUUUCAAAGUUUUCACAUUUUUACUUCUUUUGUGUUGAACAAAAUUCGACAGAGCUCAGUCUUUCUGUGGUCUUCCUGUCUCUUAAAUAGCGACUUUUCUUUCUUCCUCCAUUUGUCUAGGAACAUUUGAACUUCUCUUGCUCAGCCAGCAGUCAGGGGAACCUUCUUCUGUCCGUGAGGCACGAAGACGAGAAGGAACAUGAGUCGCUCCACGUCAUCGUCAGGUAUUCCCACACCUCAGUGGAGGAGCAUUUCUCUGAGAACGCAGAUUUGUCGCCUUCAAUGUCAUCGCCAACACAAUAGAGGUACCAGGAAGUGAAGUAAUCCCAGCUACAAAUCUCUAGUCCAGUCUUCUUUGUCCUCCCAGGUCUCGAGUGAAGAGCGUCUACCACAGAUUGUCUCUGACGGAGCUGCCAGAGAUCCCGAGUGUGCCAGAGCUCGCCAAGGUGCUCCAGCUUUAACAGUCUUUACAGCUGCUUAAUUGACUUAAAAAUCAUCAAAUAUGACUGCAGACAGUUUUCUGGGUCCAUCAGCUUCACAUUUAUGGAAAGUUCUGGUUCCUCAUCUCUGUGUUUGCUGCCUGAAAAAUUAUCAGCAACUUUGUGUAAGAAAUGGAUAGCUCCCAAACCUGCAUUCUCUCCAAUGGCCAACUUGGUUGUAAAAAUCAGACUAAUGGUGCGGAAAUGUUCUCUUCAGCUAUUUUUGUUCCUCAGUUAACAGUUUCCUCAUGAGUUUAUGGUCUUAAAUUUUAGUUUCAGGUCUUUUUUGAUACAACAUGAUAGUUGUUGGGGGAAUUAUAGUCUCACUUAUAGUCUCUGCAACCAGAAAGCAGUAGAAGAUUCUGGGUUGGGCUACCUGUGGCCUUAGGAAUCAGCUCUUCCUCAAUGUUUAAAGCUUGUGCUAGCCCACAUUAGCAUCUUUAUUAAGGUGUUAAUUACAGCACCUCCUUGCUAACCAGCUAGCAAUAGCUUGCUUGGUCUGGCUGGAUUUCGAAGAGUUUUGAUAAACUCUUUAUGUCGGGUGACCAUAUUCUGAAUUACCAAAAAGAGGAAACGACUACGCAGGGGCAGAGUCACAGAGUUGCAUGCUGUUAAUUUUAAGAGUUUUUCAGGUUGGAUUGAGUGUCUUUUAUGUGUUUCUAACUCAGUAAGUCCACGUGACUCAAAAUCGAAACUUACGUACAAAACUACUGACAUUUGAUGAAUUUUAUAAACUCCCCCAGACAAAGCUGGACAACCCCCAAAAAAGAGGACAUGUCCGGGUAAAAGAGGACAUAUGGUAACCCUACUUCAUGACCAAAUUCACCAAAACAGCAGUCCACCAAAAUCUAAUCUUGAAUCAGUCUGUAGUCCCCACAAGACACCAUAAACAAGUGUUCAUGUUUAACACUAACUGUCAUGAAAAAAAAAACCCGUUUAUAAGAUUUAGAGAAGAAACGGGGAUCACAAGCUUCAGCCAAUGAAUUCAAUCAGUCGUCUUAACAAGUACAUUUUUGUUCACAGUAUAUGUAUUUGUGUGUGUUUUUUUUCUACAGCUGCUGUGUGACGACACUGCAGGUCUACGUUUCAGUCCUGUCCUCUACCCCAAGGUGACCUUAGAGAGUAACAACAACGUUCAUGACCAAAAAUGUUCUGACAAUGACGACAUGACUAAUUUCAUCAGACCUGUUUUUCUGUUUCUUUUUCUGUUUGUCUGUCUGUCUCCAGGCGUCUCAGCUGAUAGUAAACUACGAUGAACAUGAAGUAAACAACACCUUCAAGUUUGGCGUCAUUUUCCAAAGAUUCGGACAGGUAAAAACUUCAGACUAUAAAAGUAGUUUCUGGGGCAGAGUGUGAAGCCCUUCAUCAGUCUUUUUUAACAUAGUGAGAGGUCAAAAGGAGUGUUAAAGCGGGUCUUUAGCCUGCUCAGAAAUAUAAAAGAUAGAUCUGUUUUGAAUGGAUUUAGCCUGUUUAGCUUGUUCUAGUGUUAUUAGAUCUGUGCCUUUCCUGUAAACCAUAAGUUUAAUGUUUCAUUUUACUGAGCUGUGACAAUUUUAUAAUGAAGCUGUUUAUAUCAUCAACUUGCUUUUUCUAAAUGAGCCGUCUGUGUCAUUUCAAUUAUGUAUUUUUUUUAAAUAAAUGAUAUAUUUGACAUAAAUUGUCUAAUUUAAAUGACAGAAAUCAUGUCUGGUAAUCAUUUAUUUGAUUUUAUACUUUGACCCAUGUCCCAUCUGUUUACAUGGAGGAGGUAGACUUAAAAAAAAAACAAUCCCCAAGCCAAUCAGCAGGGGGAGCUCUGACUGUUUUAGCCUCAUUUUUAGGGAGCCGUUGUGCCGUUCAUCUUUGUAUACAGACUGUGGUUCUGUAACACACUUUUCAUGGGUCAUUAGAAGGUGGUAGCUCACACACCUGCACAGGUUGUGAAUUGAUUGGAUGUAACAGGAUCUCACCUGUGCUCCAGGUGUCUGAGGAGGAGCUGUUCAGGAACAAGGAGGAGACGCCGGCGUUCACAGAGUUCUUGCAGCUUCUGGGAGACACCAUUGAUCUUCAGGAUUUUAAGGGGUGAACAACAACAUUUCUACUCUGUCUGGACAUUUGAGCUAAUUAGAUCAAACUGAUGAAGUGUGUGGACUCUUAAUGAGGUUUUAACGGACAGACCACCAGCAGGGAGCACAGAAAAACCUCCAGACACACUUUCACUGCUGAUUGAAUUUUUUAAAAGGUCAUUAAAGAAGGUCAUUUCUGACUCUGCUGUGUCCUCCCUGCAGGUUUCGGGGUGGUCUGGAUGUGUCUCACGGUCAGACGGGUUCUCAGUCGGUUUAUACAGUCCACCGAGAGCAGGAGAUCAUGUUCCACGUCUCGACCAAACUGCCCUUCACAGAGGGAGACGCGCAGCAGGUAGGAGACAGCAGAGAUGUCUGCUUCAAAGGUUGUUUUUCUGAUGAUAAAACGCCAAAGUCUCUUAUUCAGCUCCAGAGGAAGCGGCACAUAGGGAAUGACAUCGUAGCAGUAGUCUUCCAGGAAGAAGCCACGCCCUUCGUCCCGGACAUGAUUGCCUCGAACUUCCUGCACGCCUUCAUCAUCGUGCAGGUGGAGGAGCCGUGUUCGGACUGCACCUGCUACAAGGUAGAGCUUCGGACAUACAGGGAACACAGAUGUUUUUAGUGUUCAGGAGUCUUUUAGUUUAAAUAUUUGAUUCUUUAUUUUAAAUCUAAUUUCCUCUGAUCUCUUUUGAUUUUUCCAUCUGUAAUCCUAGAAAAGUGCUUCUGCCUUUCUAUGCCAGUUAAGUUUAAAGGGGUAUUCCAGCAUAAAAUUAAUUUAAGGUCAAACGCACCAUAACACCGAGUUAGACACCCCCUCGAGAGAUGAAUGUUGCCGACCGCUUACUUCUCUAGUUACACCAACUUUACUAACGACCACACUACAGCAAUACACAGUGGUCUGAGGAGCCAUAAACAAACCUCAACCAAAAUGCCACUCUAUAGCCACAAAUAAUGCUCAGAACAGCACCUAACUUCAUCAACAGUACAUACAGGGUCCCAACCAUAGUACGAGCCAUCAAAUAUCUUUUUAGUUUUGCCCAAUUUCUUUAGCAAAGAGACGAAACACAACUCACCUACUCUCUUCCAGCAGCCGCUUGUUUGUGGGGGAGCCCUGAUGAGUCGAUCACCGAGUGCAGCAGAUCAUUUCCUUGACGCAGCUCAAGGAAGAACAUUUGAUCAUUUAUUUAUCAUUUCCUUGAAUUAAUAAUCACCAUAUUAAUCAUGUUGCACUGCAGACGCGGUAGUUUUUCUGCCUUGGCCUCUUGGGGGUGUCUAACUCGGUGUUACGGUGUGUUUUCAAAUAAGAUUUAAUAACAUGAAUGUGGAAAUAGUUCAGGCUCUGAAUAGUUUGUUUGUCUUGGUUAAGUUAGCAGUUUGUUGCAGAUCUGAUUUGUUAACCUUAAGUUCUUAAGAUUGCUCAUCUCUAUCUUAUAUCUUUAUUUUGGUGACAGCAGGUUCUGUUCUAUUUGACAGGUAUCCGUCACAGCACGAGAAGAUGUUCCCCCGUUUGGCCCACCUCUCCCGAACCCGGCUGUUUUCAAGAAGGUGAGGCUUAAAAAAGUCUGUAAUAAAAAUAUUCCAGUGAGCUCACAUUUAAAGCUGAUGUCUUUGUGUUUUUAGGGUCCAGAGUUCAGAGACUUUCUUCUUACUAAACUCAUAAACGCAGAGCUUGCCUGCUACAAGAGCGACCGCUUCGCCCGACUGGAGGUAAAAAUACUAAAACAGCACAGACUUGUGUUCCUCAAAACUCAGGUUUAUAAACACAUUGUUUCAACCUUGUUGGAUCUUUUCAGCACAAACUCAUCCUGCUGGGUUAAAAUGCAUAUUAUACCCGCGGGGUCUGGUGGUUUUAAACCAGUUAUUAAUGCAGGUGUUCCUCAGGGCUCCAUGCUGGGUCCCCUGUUGUUUUGAAUUUACAUGUUUCUCCUAAAUCAUGGGUGUGUUUUGUGUAUGUGUGUGUGUAUUUUGGUGUUUUUAGGAGCGUACCCGAGCUGCACUGCUGGACAGUCUUCACGAUGAGCUGCAGAGGCGCUCUCAAAGCAUGCUGGGAUUGACGUUGGGUUUAGAGGAGGAGGGGAGAGCCGAGAACGGACAUGCCCACGGAGGUCUGCUAGAGUCUAUUAAGGUCUGUGGGUGAAAGUUUAGUUUGGACCUGAUUCGGACCAGUUCCUCUGAAGAAUUUACUUCGUUCCGUGUUACUUUGUUUUCCAUGUUGAGAAUUUUGGGGCAUUAUUAUUUCUUUCUUUUUCCAUCAGAGGGCGAUGCGAGGGCGGAGCGUCUCCAUGGAAACAAUGUCGCGGGGCGGGGCAGGCCUGCCCACCAGUCUGAGUGGAGGUGGUCUGGCGCAUUUUAGUGCUGAGGUGAGAAGUUCUAGGUUCAUGUUUGCCAUCAGGUGUCAUCAGCUCCCCUUCUCUGGUGUUUCUUGAUCCUGAUUCAUAAAAAAUGUUAUCUCCAAAAAAAGAAAAACUUAUGAACAGAAGUGAGAGAUUAGUAACCACUGUAAUCCUCAUGGUGAAAUUCCUGUUUUUUGUUGACUCUAAAACCCGAUGUAUUUUUUCAGUAUAAUGUGAAAUCUCCUGUGAAGAGGCGUUCAGGACUUUUCCCUCGUCUGCUGAGCGUCGACAGUCAAACAGAGAAACACAACCUGAGGAGGUACGUCUCUACUUUAACUCCUUCCUCUGAUAUUUCUGCUCUCCUGUUAACCUGUACAACAAACAGUCAACUCAGACAGCUUUAAAACGAGUUAACUGUUUCUCUCAGCUUGUAGUUGUUAUCUAAGGUUUAUUAGGAAUGAUUAUUUAACCCUUUAAGUCUUAGUGAGCAAAGGAGCUUCGAUGGCUGCCACACGACACUGGAGGUGAGAUCAGAGCAGCCGUCCAAUCCCAGCUCUCCAGAGGUGGGACAACGAGACAGGUGACUACUUUUUUUUUUUCCAGCUAUUUUUCCCUAAAAGUUAGUCUUUACCAUUACUCUUUUUACUUUUUACAGAAGUUCUUAAAAGCUGUAAAAAUGUUCAUUUCUGCUGUAAAGUUGGAGUUUUUAACAUGGGGAUCUAUGGGGACUGACUCACUGCAAGACACAACCUCUAGUGGCCUCUGGAGGAACUGCAGUUUUGUGACUCUCACAUUGGCCUCAAUUUAAACUUUCCAAACACUUUUUUUUUAGAGGGAAGGGCUCAGAAAUAAAUACAAAAUACUGCAAAGUUUUACUUGAGGAUGGAAAAAGUGUUGCGGGGAAAAAGGUGUAAAAGACAACAGGAGAAAGUAAAUGAGCAAAGGAAGGAAAAGAUUGAGGUCUUGUCAUCUGAAGAUGGAUUUUUUUAUCUGCAGAAUUCACACCAAGAAAGAGAGCAGUAAGAUUUCCAGGUCAACUUCCAGCAGCUGCAGCUUCAGUAUACCUGCAGAUGAAACACACCUGGUGAGAAACUGGAUUCACAUGAUAAAACAAAUCUACAUCUAAAAUAUUCAAUGCAUGUAAAGGUCUACAUCUACAUAUUCUAUGCAUAUAAAGAUGCAUAUAAAGGUGAUUCUAUAUAAAAAUAUACAAUCUGUACUUCAUGUAUUAUAAUAGAAAGUGUCCUGGUCUCUGUUUAUUGUCUGAGUAGUACUAACCAACCAGGUGCCAGCAGGCUCUAGUGUCUAUGGAGAGCAAAAGCAGGAGGAACUCAGUCCUCAGAUUGAACAUCUAAACUGAGACAUUUACACUUUAGAUUUCCUGACUUCCCUGAAUGCAUCAGAAAUGAUGGAUCUGAGCUCAACAAACAUACCUUUUCAAAGUCGUUUCCUUCUCCUCUUGAGGACAGAGGUCAUCAAAUGGUAGCUGUUUUGUCUGAUGGUAGCUUGCCGUGUUUUAAAUCUUACCUCUCUUUCUCUAUCUCUGUUUUUCUUUAUUGUUAGCUUGCCCAGGCCAUGACGGUAGAAGGCCAAAGUUCGAGUCCGCUCCUCAUCUGCCGCAGUCCUACAGGUUCAGACCAAACACUCCUGCAGACACACACAUGCCCAGAGAAACACGAAUGUUUAAGAUAACAGAAAGAGUUUUUUGUCCUGGUCUGUGUGCUGGAGGAGAAGCUGCCUCUCAUUUUGUUUAUGUCUCAAUUUCAGAGUUGAAAAAUAAAAACUCACCGAGGUCCAACCUCAAGUUUCGCUUUGACAAGCUGAGUCACUCGACCGCAGUAAGUCUGUAUUUAUAUGCUGACUGUUCCUGGAUUCAGUUUUCUCAAAGACAAAUUUUACUGAACUGAAUGAAAAUACAAAACUUGGUUUCUCAUGUUUGCAGACGGGGCAGUGAACUGUAAGGAGAACAGUGAGAGGUGAGGAUGAUCUCUUUCUCUCUGAUGUUUCAGAAAAUAUCCUAAAAACUGAGCUGCAGUUUGUUUUAACCACACCUACUCUGAACAAGAGUUUUUUGACUGGUGUCAGAUGGAGUUCACAAGAAAAGGUACUUCAAAUCAGACCUGAUCCAAAAAUCUCUGCUGAAGAGUAAAAAAGAUGCUGAUAGGUGCCGUACACAUCUCAGCAAACCAGCAAACUGCUGUAAAAGGAAAACAGCAUCUCCAUGAAGCUGGUCAGCAGAUGAAGCCUGAAGGUCUCAAAGAUCUGAAAUUUAUUUUAGUUUUAAUUUGGAGAAAAGGUCUUCAUUCUGUCACAAGUCCAUUUUCUGAGGUUAAAGGGAUAUUCUGGCCUAAAAUUAAUUUAGGGUCAAACACACCGUAAGACUGAGUUAGACACCCCCUCAAGAGAUGAAUGUUGCCGACCAUUUGCUUCUCUAGUUAUACUAACUGUAGUAACGACAGCAGGAUAGCAAUACACAGCGAUCUGAGGAGCCAUAAACAAACCUCAACCAAAACGCCACUCUAUAGCCACAAAUAAUGCUCAGAACAGCACCUAACUUCAUCAACAGUACAUAUAUGGUCCCAGCCAUAGUACUAGCCACCAAACAUCUUUUUAACUUUGCCUGAUUUCUUUAGUAAAGAGACUAAACACAACUCACCUAGCCGCUUGUUUGUAGUAAGACCUCAGGCCAGUCCAUUACGGACUUAGUAUCUUUGCCAAAGAAAUUAGGCAAAGUUAAAAAGAUGUUUGGUGUCUAGUACUAUGGCUGGGACCCUGUAUGUACGAGUUUUUCUUGGAAUUCUUGGAUCAAAGAACUUUACUUUAGACUCAGAAUUCUGAGACUGAAGCUGAAGUUUGAACUGUUUUUUUUGGAACUCUGUUUUUUCUUUUGUAGAAGUUCUGAGGUCAAAGUCAGAAUUCAGGCAACUUAGAGGAAUUCAGCAACGAUCAGAUUCACUUCAGUUCUCUUAAAUCAACAUCAGUUUCCUGAAUUCAAUGUCAUUUUCUUGACCUUCUUGUGGAAUUCGGAUUUAUAAGUUUCAACUCAAAAUCCUGGCUCUUUUGGAAUUCUUAUUGUAACACCAGAACUCUGACUUUAGUCUCAGAGUUCUGACUUCUGUCUCAGAGUUCUGACUUCGGUCUCAGAGUUCUGGUUCUGAUCCUAUUAUACUGAGAAAAACUAUUUUUCUCUAAUGCGGCCUUUGAUCGUCUUCUGUAUGAAACAGAGCUUAAACUGGAGUUGGUUUUUGAACUUUCUCUCUGAUGUCGUCUGACAUGACUUUGACAUCAGCUCAUACUCUAAUCCAUCAGUGACUGAUGUUGUAUUCAUGUUAUGGCUGUCAGAGAAGUAUUCAUAAGCCUGAGAGAAGAACCUGCAGAUGAUCCUCAGGGGUGAAGAGUUCACUGAUGGUUCUGUUUCUGGAGUGAACUUCUGUGUGAGUUUGACUCUGACAGUGAAGACUGUAAAAAAUGUGAGUCAUCAAGACUGUGACUGAGGCUGAAGCUGUUUGUGGUCGACUGAAAUGGUUCUGUUCAUUUUGUCUUUUCUUUUAACUCUCCAGGAGUCAAACCGAGAGGUCCAAACAGACAUCACGAAGACGACGUUUACUUGAAGACACUGAUGGACAAUCAUACACACAAGUCAAACACACAGACACACUCUGAAGGGAUAAUAAGGGAAACAACACCCAGUUCGUCAAACCAUUUAUCAUUUUUACACAGCGAUGUUCAGUCUUCAACUGUCCACCAAUCAGGAAAUACAUCAGAUGAUGUCACAGCGAUGUCAUCAAGGUCGUCUCAGAGUUAUCUAUGAGCAAAGAGUCGCACAGGUGAGGUGGUUUUCACCUGUUCAGCGCUCAGACUUACAAACACUGUGUUCUGUGAGGUUCUGGUUUGGACACAGAUGAAGGUGUUCACAGCGUGUGUCUGCUUUAAAAAUGAGGUUUUCAUGUGUUCAUCAGGGACUCAGAGCAGAGCUAACAGGCUAACAUUUAUCUGAAACAUUUAUAUGCAACAGAUCAUGGAUGCCUGAGAUUGAACUUUUGAAUUGCUUCUCAUCUCACCUGAUUAACAGAAGUUUGGUUUAGAUUACGUCUUUUACCCCUGAAAUAUUUGAUCGAGUUCAUUUUAAAGACGCUCCAAAGACACAUGAAUCAAAGUGUUCCUGUUUCAGUCCAACUUUAAAAAAACAAACUAUAACUAUAACGAACAAACUAUAACGUCUGACGACGCUCAAACAUGCAAAACAGAAAAAAUUAACAGUGACAGCUGUGGAAAUUUAACAUCAGUGGGACCAGCUAAUUGGGACCACAUUCCACAAGCCUACAUUCUUAAAUGUUAGGCACUACAAUCCGGGUUCUAUAAUGCUGGGUUCUAAAAUGUUUGAUUCUGGAAUAUCAGAUUUAUCAGAAAUACCAGGGUUUCUUGGUUCUGGAAUGUUGUGCUCCACAAUUCAGGGUCAUAAAAUGCUAAGUUCUAGAAGGUUGAAUUGCUGUGUUCUGGGAUGUCAGGGUCCAUCAUCAUGGGUUCCAAAGUGUUGGGUUGUGCUGGGUUCCAGAAAGCUGGAAAGCCCUGUUCUGGAAUGUUGGACACCGUAAAGUCUAAUGGUGCGUUCCAGUCAACUCGGUAGUCGGAUGUCGGAGCUGGGAAUGACGUUACAUCCGAGUUGACGGCGUUCCAGUAAACAAGUCGGAAAACCAAGAUGGACGCCUACUGUUAGCCGUUGUUAGCUGUUGUUUACAAUUGAUAGCUGUCGUUAGCUGUUGUUAGCCGUUGUCAGCUGAUGUUAGUUGUUGUUAGCUAUACCAGUUGUUAACAAUGCAUAACACAGUAUUUUACUCUUACAAACACAUUAGCACCGUGUUCACAGUUAGACGUUGGGCAGUACAACAUAAACCACUUAUUUAAUUUCACAAAAACAAAACAGAAGUGCUAAUAAUAAGACAUUAUGAGAGCGUUCUCUGUUACUCUUUACGUCAAUGCGCUGUGAUGCCAUCUUGGUUUAUGAUGUUGUCGUAUAGUCUGAGUUAGUGAGGAUCGUCCGACUUCCGGAGUCAGAAAUCGGACUCCAGGGGGGCGUUCCAGAUGAAUUUCCGACUCGAAGCUUGAAAAUCCCGACUUCCGAGUACAACUGGAACGCAGCAUAAUGCAGUUACAACAUAAUGGGAAUCGUUCUGUCAAAAUUUGAAAGCUGAAAUAUUGCUCAUGCGCUUCAAACAGGCAGACAGGGUAACUGGUUCGCUGCACGGUGGGAUUCUUUACGGUGGUCACCAUCUGCCAUGAAAAGAAUCUCCAUAAUAGAGAACUGUGUCACGUCAUCCUGUCUGGUUUUCCAUUUUACUUUAUUUCAAAGUUCAAUAAGGAUAAAAAGUGAUUAAAAAGUCUUUUAAACUAAAAAAAAAAACUAAAAUGAGACCCGAUGCAAUAACCACAGCUCUGUCUGUCUCAGAGUUUGAAUCACUGUAGUUCUUCCUGGUCUCCUGCUGUAGACAGGACACUGGCCUCCAUACUGUAGAUGUCAUUUCUUUGUCUUUACGGUGUCUGGACGUUUACACACUUCAGUCACUAUUAAAAACUGAAACAAUCAAAACAAUCAAAGUUUUUACAGAGACUUGUUCAACCAGUGUUGGUCUUUUUCAGUACAGCUGUGAGUCAGACCUGAUCAAGUUUUUUAGAAGUAUUUCAAUCCCUGAAACCGAACAGGUUGGACUCUCAGUGGUGCUGAAGGUGACCAACUAUAAACCUGCAAAAACCAGAAGCUUCACUGCCGUUUGAUGCAAAAACCAACAGGAACCAGACGUUUACUUUGCACUAAGAUGACACACAGCUCUGUGGAUGUGAAAUAUGUACAGUCUGAAUACUCCAUCUAUAUAAAUGUCUUGAUUGCACUGAAAGCACAAAAUCAGUUCCUCCUCGUCUCCCUCUGAUUUCAGGUGUAAAUGUUUGGUCUGUUUUGUGUUCAGAUUUUUGCAAAAAAAAAAAGAGUAUAAUUUAUUUUGAAAGGGGUUAAGGGAGGAUGUAGCAUAAUUUCAAAGAUGUCGCUGUGUCUGUAUUUAAUCCUCUGCAUCUUAAACAGAUUUCUGUGAUUCUGAAAUGUAAAUCUGAUGGAAUAAAAGUUUCUGCAGAAUGAAACCUGUUCCUCCU